AUGGCCAGGGACGACGCCGAGGAGGCGCUCGUCGUCGAGGACUUCGAGUACUCGGCGGCGCAGCAGCGCUACCAGGUCGAGGCGCAGUCGCAGCGCGGGAACAACGACGCCAUGCGCGAGGAGCUCUUCUACAAGGACGCGACGCCCAAGGCCGAGCACUACAUCUCCUUCGUCGUGCGGCUGCCGCCGAAUCGGCGGCCGCGGAAGGGCGCGGCGCACGCGCUCGCGGACGCGCCGCUCGACCUCGAGCUGCUCUACGCGCCGUCGGCGCCCGGCGAGGACUACGUCACCGUGCCCGACCAGGGCCACCUGAAGCGCUGCGAGCCGGCGCGGCGCGACGGCGACCCCAAGGGCCCGAGCGAGCGGCCGCGGCUGGGGUUGGUGCUCCGGUACCGCAUCGAGCUCGGCUCGUACCGCCAGGGCGACCGCCGCUUCGUCGUCCGCGCGACCAUCGCCAAGGCGGCGCGGGGCGGCGACGCGUCGCCGCCCCGGCCCGGAAACUUCCUCCCCGCGCACACGCCGCCCGCGCGGCGCCCGCGCCGCCGAACCGCCGCGGUCUACGUCGCGUCCAAGGUGAAGCGGCCGCGCGCGGCGCUGCGCGACGACGACGGCGACGAGGACGACGACCGCGCGAGCAGCAGCCCGCCGCCGCCGUCGAAGCGCGCGCACCUCAACGGCCGCGGCGCGCCGCUGCUGCCGGCCGUCGGGUCGUCGGAGGUCCUCGAGCGCCUCGCGCGGCUCGAGGCGACGGUCGAAACCUGCGUCCUCCCCGCGCUCCAGCGCAUCGAGGCGCGCCUCGGCACGGCCGUCCCCGAGAUGGACGGCCUCGACCCCGAGGAGGCGGACGUGCUCCAGCACCUCGUCGCGAACGCGCCGGGCGACGGCGCGGACCUCUUCGCGCCCUUCUACCCGAGCGACGGCACGCCCUGGGCCGACAUGAUGAGCACCAUGGGCAGCGGCCUCGACGGCGUGCCCCACUCGCUCGCGAACACGCAGGAGGACUCCUAG